UAUUGCGUAUGUAUUUUUUUUUUUUGCAUACAUUUUAUUCUUUUUUAAUUAUCAAAAAGUAAACACAUACUUGUUAAUCUUGUUAUAAUAAAUUAACACAAAGCACAAAAACUUUCUUAAAAUAUAUCAAGUUAGAUAAGUUCAUUUGAAUUUUAAUGUUUUUUACAAGAACAAGGCGACCAAGAGUGUAUUAUAUUUGUAGAAAUUGAAUAUAAAAAACAAAUAUGCCUAUUAAGUUGAGGUUAAGUUCAAUGAACUUGAUAUCAACAUGUCGAUUUUUAUGGAUUAUCAAUCAAUAUUUAUCGAUGAUCAUAAUAUUUUCAUCAAUAUCUGUCACUAGUUUGUCAACAUUCAUAAGUGAUCAGCCAAAAAACAAUUUGACAUUAUGUAUUGUUGGAAGUCCAAAUUCUAAUGACAAUAUUAAAAAAUAUUGUCCAAACAUGUAUGAAGGCCAUAUCAACUGUAAAAUUGUUAAAGACAGAAGUGACUGUAUAAGACAGUUGAUUGCUGGUGUUGCUGAUUUUACAGUUUUAGAAGCUGAAGAUUUAUCAGUUACUCAAAAAUUUGCUGAAGGAAAUGUUUUUGUUACACAUGAAUUACGAGUUUUUGCUGAGAAACCAGCAAGUGUUGACAUGGUAGUAUUGGUAAAUGGAAAUAUUAAUAGUAUUGCUGAUAUAAAAGGUAAAAACUUUUGUCAUCCAGGAUUUGAUGCAAAUGAAAAUUGGACUCCACUUUUUUCUGAUUAUUUUCAAGAACAAAUUGUACCCACCAAGUGUAAACCAGGUAUGACACUGUUGGAAACUAAAAUAGCAGCUAUAUCAAAUUAUUUUAAUGCAGCAUGUUUUGCUGGUAAAUGGACCAGUGAUAAAAUUUUUGAUGAAAAAUUGAAAGCUAAAUACAGCAACUUGUGUGAACUCUGUGAAUCUGGAUGUGGCAUUGGUGAUAUGUAUCAUGGACGUACUGGUGCAUUAGUCUGUUUGACUGAAAACAUUGGUGACAUUGCCUGGGUCAGACUUGAUGAUGCAUUUCGUCAUUUCAAAACUGAUAAUACAAACAGAACACUGUACAAAUAUCUGUGCUCUGAUGGAUCAAUGAGAGAAGUUGAUGGUGGUGUACCAUGCGUAUGGAUAUCAAAACCAUCACCAGUCAUUGCAGCAAGAAAAGAACCAGCUCAUGAAAUAAUGCAAUUGAUUGAAUCAACUAAGAGAUGGAGAUGCAAAUGGCAGCUGGAGUUAAUGUCACUAUUGGCAAAUUAUGUUGUCACUCCUUAUGGACUUGGUGGACUUAAAACAAUCGAGUCAUAUUUAAACAACUAUGAUGAACGUGCAUUUCUUUUAGAUGAUUGUUCAUCAUCAAUAAAAUGGUGUAUAUCAUCAAAUCUUGAAGAAAAAAAAUGCCAAUGGCUCAAAGAAUAUUCGUACUAUCAUGGUAUUAAACCAGGAAUUGCUUGUAUUCAACAACAAAAUAAAAAAAAUUCUAUUGAAGCUGUUUUAAAUAGACAAUGUGAUGUGUUCGUAGCAAAACCUGAAGAUUUACAACCAAAAUCCGGUCUCAAACCAAUACUGGAAAUAUUACCUAGCGAAAAAAAUUCAUAUGAAUUACGUAAAAUUGGAAUUGUUGUUAUGAAAAAUUCUCCAUAUAAAAAAAUUGAAGAUUUACGAGGUAAAAAAGCAUGCAUGACUGGCUAUAAAAGCAUAGGAUGGAAUUCUUUUUAUGGAGUGAUGAGAAAUAAAAGUUCUGAUAGUUUUUGGAGAUGUGAAAGCUCAGAAGCUGUGUAUAAAUUUUUUGAGACCAUUAUAUUUCCAAAAGGUGAAUCGAAAUAUGAUGUUAAAAGUACAUAUGAAUGUUUAACGAGUGGAAUAGGUGAUGUUGCCAUUGUGGAUCUUCGUGAUAUUUUUUAUUUGAAUAAAGAAUAUUUAAAAACUAUUUGUAUUGAUGGAUCAAAUGAUCCUCAGUGUAUUUUAUCAUGGACAAGUCUUGGAUCGGUUGUUGUCAAUGAACACAUGUCAAUUGCUAGACGUGAAAAUAUAAAAUUAUUAUUUGAAGAACUUGAUACAUGGUUUGGAUCAAAAACAAUUGGUCAAACACCAGUUAUUUCACUUUAUGGAUCUUUUGAUUCAACUGACAGUAUUAUAUUUCCAGCCAAAUCAGAGAAUUUAAAAAGUGACACAAGCUACUUGUCACUUCCACAUCAUUAUCGUGAUAUUCUAGACGAAUUAUCAGCUGAAAAUGAUGAUGACGAUGCUUGCAGCUCAGCCAUUUCAGUGUUUAAUAAUGUCAUUAUUCUCAUGACAGUUUUAAUAAUUUCUUUAACAAGAUUUUUAUAAAAACCUCUUUAUUUUAAUCAGUGAUAUACUUAACUCGAUGCCAAAUGCAUUUAACUAUUAUAUUUUAAUAUAUUCAACAUAUAAUUAUAUAUUUUUCUAAGUAUCAAUUAUUACGUGCUUAACUAGAACAUUUUACGAAAACUACAACUGUUUUAUUUUUAUAACUUUUCUCAAGGACGGAAUUGUUUCAGCUUAAAAAAUUUAAUAAAUAUAUAUUUUAGUGUACGGAUAAAUAUUUCAACAAUAUUUCUAAUUCAGAUGAAAUAUCAUUCUGUUGUUGAUGACAAUAUUGAGAUUUAAGUUUAUGAAUUUCAACUGUGCCAUUAUCCAAUCCAAGUGCCUGAGAAAAAAAAACUUCCAUUUAUUUUCAUUGAUACUUAAAUAAACGUUAAAAUAAAAAAUAAAUUAAUACCAUGUAUUGAUUGGCCAUGUCGUAUUUAUUUCUACAUGGUGACAAUUGGAUACUACUGAUGUGCACCAAUUUAUUUGGUAAAAUGGUAGUUAUUGGAAUAAUAUCACUCUUUGCCAAAUCCCAAAGAUAAAUUCUGCAAAAAAUAAAAUAAUUUUAAUAA